AGUAGUGAAUACAGUGACAUUGAAUCAACUUCAAGUGAGCUCACCUGAACUAAGCAGAGCAGUAUGGGGACAUCAUCCAGCUUACUGGAUGAAAAUAAAUCCAACUACAUAAAAGAGCAAGUGGACGAGAAAUUUAAGAAGUUCGCACCGAUUUAUAGGAAACAAUAUUCUCUGGUUUACCUGUCCAAGAUCCGAGAUGAGCUUGAGCAACGCAAAGAGGAGCGCACACAGUACCUCAAACAACGGGCACCUCCAGAGUCUGGAAAGGUGCUGUACGAGGAGAUUGUUCGGUACUUUGAUGACGGCAGGAAGUGGAAGGAGAGAUAUAUUGUGAUGCGUGCCUGUUACGUCCUGGAGUGCCACGAGAGCUACAAGACGUUUGUGAAAGGUGCCCCUCCACUACACAGAUUGAUUGCUACUGGGGGCACCAUUCUGACUACAGAAGAGAAAUAUAUGGAAAUGAUUGACCAGGCCUGCCCUUGCACUAACAAUGUCCAGGAUGAUUUCGCACCCCCUGUGUCGGACAUGCCGGGACAGUUCCCAGUUUAUCUUAGACUUCCGUACCGCAAAGAUUCCUAUUUCUGUUUCCGAGAUGAAAACUCUCAAGCUGAAUUCAUCUCUGUCUUAUCUGACUGCAUUCGCCACCAGAACAAAGAUUUUCUCAAGAAGAAGACGUGUGAGGUUAAAGCUUUCCUCAAAGCUAUUCAGCUCUAUAGGCAGGAGAACGGCCAGUAUGAAUCAUGGGAUAUGCUCAUAGGCAGUGAUGUGCGGGGUCUUGCUAAUCUGUUUAUGGAAGAUUUAAUGCCCUAUCUGGAGAAAGAACUGCAGCCAUGUAUGAAGAGCAAGAGGGCAGACAAGAGGAGAGUGUGGUUUGCGACAGUUGAAACUGCAUAUUUCCUGCUGCAAGAGCAUCUAUUCAAAAGGCUGACCACACUGAAGGAGGAGUGCAAAAACAUGGCGAAACAGCAGGAGGCGCUCAUGCGCUCUGACAUGGACCAGAUCACCUGCUCAAGAGCUUUCCUGGAGAGCAAACUCAAAGCCGUAGUAACUGAGCCAGCAACAAAAUACUGCACAGAGCAGGUGCAGCCUUACCUGCCGGCUAUCUUGGAGGAAGUGCAGGGGCCCAUCAGCCUGGGCUUCACAGAGGCCCGAGACUUGAGCGAGGGCAUGAUGGAACAGCUGUGUCAGGACUUCCAGGACGCUGAGGAGGCGGAGGAACUCCGACAGGCUAUGUUUAAGAUGCGUAGAGCUAAUUUACAGAGCUGUUAUGAGAAAGUGAGUGGACUGGCAGAUCACGUCCAAGAGCUGCAGCAAACCUUCAGCUAUUGCAUCAAAGGUUUGGCGAACAGCACAGAGAUAGACUUAAAACAGCUGAUGGAGAAUGUAGAGUACACCUUUGAGCUUCUCGUGCGAAAGGCUCUGGAGGACCCGUCGGUCAGCCUUACGAUGGCUAUGCAAAAGGCUUCAAACAGGGUUCUGAAGCAAUUUGACUAUGACAGCAGCACAGUGAGGAAGAGGAUCUUUCAAGAGGCUUUGAUCGACAUCACUCUACCCAGCAUCAAGAAGCAUCUGGCCCCAUCCUUCAAAGAGGAACUACCUAAAUUUGAGCAGUACAUAUUCGCCGACUAUUCGAACUUUAUCAGUGUGGAAAACGUGUAUGAGGACAUUAUACAGCAGAUACUGGAAAAGGAUGUCAGCAUGGUGGUCAAGGAGGCAGCCAGCAAGAAGAAAUACAACCUGUUUACAGAGAGCAGAUAUAACUUCAGUGUGUCCAGCCUGUCUUUCACUCCCCCGGGAUCUGCACCCAGCAGCCCAGGACACUUACAUACUUCCCCGAGCCAGCGUACGCCCCUGCCGCCAUCCCCACUGCUCGGUAAUGGCAUGACAGCAAACAAAUCCGUGACUGUUCACUCACUAAAGUCAGAAAGUACCACACUGAGCCAAGCUCUGCCUGCCAUGGAAAAAAUCGAUGAGGGAGAGAACAAGACACUCUUAGAGGAGGGCAGUGAUGAUGUAUUUGCUACUGCUGAAACAUCAACCUCAAAUAUGUCAGCUGAGACUAAACCAGAACUCAUAACUACCACAAUCGCCGUAGAUGUCAUUCCCACCCCUGUUAUUGAGGUAACAAAAGCCACAGAAAGUGCUGGUACUUCUAGUUCACCAAAAGGCGAACUUUUUUCAGACUUUGCUAAUAAGCCCACAGUAGCAAUCAGUCCGAUCUGCAUGAAAACCUCUGGCUCUGACCCUGCUGAAACGGAGGACAACAGCAAGGCAGCGGUUUUGCCAAAUGAUCCAGCCCAGAUCAAAGUACCGAUGCGUGAUGAAAGCAAGUAUCCAAUAGCCGUUUGCUUAUCUAUUGAAGAUGCAGAAGCUGGAGAUAUCUAUAAAGAGUUCACAGUCAAACAAAUCAUUGAUCUUCCAGAAAAAGCCUCAGAAUCCCAGUCUUCACCAUGCCUAGAGGAGGAAACCAGGCCCCUGGGCUGUGUGAAGGAGAUCCGUGACCUGGUAAUGGAGGUUAUUGAAGUUGAGGAGGUGAUUCAGCCUCGCAAAGACAAUGGAGAAAAAGUUCAAAUGUUCGAGGAACAAGAAGCUAUAGUUUAAGUUUCAAUGACCGUGUCAGUUCUUUACUCAAAACUUGUUUACACCUCCAUUUUUGAAUGGAGACAAUGUGAAGAGACAAAUUGUACAUUUUGAAGUUGGUUUUUUCAUUGUGCAGAAGGUAAUUUUAGUUUACUAUAUUAUAUAUAUAUAUAUAUAUAUAUAUAUAUAUAUACACACGCACCAUUCAAAAGUUUGGGGUCUGUAAUUUUUUAAAAGAAAUUAUAAUACAUCCUUGCUGAAUAAAAGUAUUAUUGAUGAAAAGUGAUAGUAACAUUUAUAAAAAAAAUCUAUUUCAGAUAAAUGCUGUUCUAUUCAACUUUCAAUUCAUCACAGAAUACUGAAAAAAAUGCAUCAGUUUCCACUUAAAGUUAUUAAACUGUAAAUCUACAUUUUUAAAUAUAUUAAAAUAGAAAUAUCAGAAUAUUAGAAUAUCAAUAGUUAAUAUCAGAAUAUUAACAUUACAUUUUAAAUGUAAAUGAAAAAAAAAAAAAACUCUUACCAACCCCUCAAAUUUUGAAUGGUAGUGUAUAUAUUGUGUUGUUUAAAAUUAGGAUAAUGUAACAUAGAAUGUUAUAUAGAUAACCUUAUUUGUUUUAAGCUAAUAUGUACAAAUGAAUUGCUAUGUUAGCAUUUGAAUAAUAUAUGAAAUCUAAACUGAAACAUAAAUAUUGUGUUUGGAAGUUAGUGUCCUUUGUGAAACUUUGAGGAAUCCUUUAGGAAGGAACAUGCCAUUUCCGCAAGGUGGUUUUCAACCUUCAGACGACACAUUCACAACAUAAGUAAACAGUAAUUAUCUUGUACAUUUACCCAAAAUGCAAAGCUGUGACAGAGCUUGCCAUGAACCAGGGCUGACUGUUUACUUUGGACCCACAAUGCAGGCCUGACGGGUUUGUCUGCCAUGGAAUCUGGCUCUGUGACAUAUCUACAGCACAGUGCAGUUUGAUGUCAUGAAUCUGUAUUGAGUGAGACCAACAGAUUUGCCACAUGUGCACUGUGUAUACCGUAUAUAGAGACAGUCUCUACUAUAGAUUCUGCUCUGGCACUUGGCUAUCUAUUUGAGAUCCACAUAAACAGUAAUACAGUCCAUCAAUACAUCUUUGUAUAAGCAUAACCACCCUUUAAAGGAAUUUUGGUAUGAUGG